AUGGACAACGUCGCCGACGUCCUCGCCGAGGCGCAUGCCCUCUAUGCCCGCGCGAACGAGCUGUAUGCCCGAGCCAACCUGACCGCCGGAGCCGCCAACUCGACUUCCAACGGCACAUCCACCUCCACCUCCUCGAGCCACAACGACCGCCCGGCCUCCUUCAAGGUCAUCGGCAUCGCCCUGGCUAUCAGCUCCGGCGCCUUCAUCGGCACGUCGUUUGUCUUAAAAAAGGUUGGCCUGCUGCGCGCCAACGAAAAGUACAACGAGGUGGCCGGCGAGGGCUAUGGCUACCUCAAAAACGUCUUUUGGUGGUCCGGCAUGACCCUCAUGAUUAUCGGCGAGAUUUGCAACUUUGUCGCCUACGCCUUUACCGACGCCAUUCUCGUCACGCCCCUGGGCGCCCUCUCCGUCGUCAUCACCACCAUCCUGUCCGCCAUCUUCCUCAAAGAACGACUCUCCAUGGUCGGCAAGGUCGCCUGUUUCUUGUGCAUUGUCGGCUCUGUUGUUAUUGUCAUGAACGCCCCGCAAGAGUCCUCCGUCGCCAACAUCCAGGAGAUGCAGCAUUUCGUCAUCACCCCCGGCUUUCUGUCGUACGCCGGAGUCAUCUUGGUCGGCUCGGCCGCCACUGCCUUUUGGGCCGGCCCGCGCUGGGGCAAGAAGAACAUGCUGGUCUAUCUGUCCAUCUGCAGCUGGGUCGGCGGCCUGAGUGUCGUCGCCACCCAAGGCCUCGGCUCUGCUAUCGUCGCCCAGGCCGGUGGCACUCCCCAGUUCAACCAGUGGUUCCUAUAUGUGCUCCUGGUGUUUGUCAUUGGCACGCUCCUCACCGAGAUUAUCUUCUUAAAUAAAGCCCUCAACCUCUUUAAUGCCGCCAUGGUCACGCCCACCUACUACGUCUACUUCACCAGCACAACCAUCGUCACCUCAGCCGUCCUCUUCCAGGGUUUCAAGGGCACCGUCACGUCCAUUGUCACCGUUGUCCUCGGCUUCCUGACCAUUUGCUCUGGUGUCGUCCUCCUCCAACUCUCCAAGUCCGCCAAAGACGUACCCGACUCGGCCGUCUUUGCCGGCGACCUCGACCAGAUUCACACCAUUGCCGAGCAAGAACAGCCCGAGUCCGAACCCAAGGCCGACGCCAUCCGCGGCGCCGCCGCAAUUGUGCGUCGCUUCUCCACGGCCCGCCAGAACAUGGAGGUCGCCGAGCUCAAGCGCAUGCACGAAGAAAAGAUGCGCGAGCGUGACGAGCUCGAGGCCAUUGGCGAGGACGGCAAUCCUGUGCCAAACAACGGCGAGCCCCGCCCGCCCAUGUACGAGUGGGACGGCAUUCGCCGCCGCCGCACUACCAUUGGCAGCCAGCGCUCGCGCUCCCAGACCGUCUCCUCCCGACCCUUUACGCCCGGCCCGCCACCCGGCACCGCAGGCUCCGCCACGCCCCACCCGCCUUUGGGCUGGUCGCAUAUGCCGACUGACGAAGAGCUGGCUGCUCUCGAACAGCGCUCCAACACCCCCGGCGUCCUGUCGAGCAUUGCGGGUACGAUCCGCGGGCACGGCUUGGGCGGCCGUGGACGCAGUAUGCUGCUGCCCACCUACAAUGCCGACGCACACGACGACGAGGAGCAGGCCCAGCAAAUGCGGCAGCAAGAGCUGGCACCCAAAGUCCAGAGUCCCAUGCACCCUGUUCAGUUGACGGAAAUAUCGGUCCCGUCGCAACAGCAGCGCGGGCGCAGUGGUAGCGGCGAUGAGGACCGCAGCGAACGGUAUGGACGUGGCUAUGGGCUGCCGUCAGGCAAGACGGAGUAUGUCGGCGCCGCAGGCUACGCCAGCAGUGACGGUGCCAGCAGUAUCGCACCGCCUGACCCGCCACCGCACUCGGCCAAGCGCCAGUUCUCUUUCCAGAACGUGUUCCGGAGACACCAGCAACACGGUGCCAGCGGCGCCAGCACGGUCGACUCCCUUCCCGAAGACGACGAGCACGAUGACUAUGACGAGUACGGAUCGUCGUCCAAUACAGGAGGACACGGGCGCGGCUACCGUCGUGCGCCCGUGACGUCGCGCGGCUACUCGGCACCGCAAGUCAAGGGCUCCACCGAAGAGGAGCGUCUGGGCCUGGUCAAGGGCGACUCUCGGUUGGCGCCUGCCACUCUUCCUACUUAUGAAGAGGAGAUGGAGGGCGACGACGACCAGUACGGCGACACCGCCGACUACGACGAUUAUGACGACACCAAACAGCCCAUGUACGUGGGAACGGCCACCACGGCGACGUCAGCCCGCUACGGACGCGGUAUUACCGGCUCGCCGCCCUCACCACCCAAGGCGGUCGCUGUUGUUGGCGAGAAACGCAGCGGUACCAGCCGAGGUCACGCCGCCAAGGGAAGCGGCAGCGGUAGUGGCAGUGGCAGCCAGGGCUCGGGCGACGAGCACUACACGCGCGGCCGUGGCCGAAAACCGUCUCAAGGCCAAACGGGACCACAGCACGAGUCUCCGCCGCCGCCGCCGCCGCCACCGGGCGGCCAUCGCUACAGCCCACCACGCGGCGGUGACGGGGCCUUUAUCUAG